GAACUGUUCACCAUCACAAAAAUCCGAGUUACAACUACACAUCCCAUAAAGACAUCAUAUCCGAAAAAACAUAUGCGUUAUUGUACCACGAUGUACAACUGUUCAGCAAGGAGAUUCAACAUGACGUAAGGUGGACUGCUCUCUUUAGAAGCUAAAUAAACUCUCUUCGAGCUCCAGGACCAUGUCAGGUAGUUACACUCCAGCCCCAGGGGGCCCUUUUUCAGCCCUCACACCAAGCAUGUGGCCCCAGGACAUCUUGGCAAAGUACUGUCAGAAAGACCCCGGUACGGAAGUGGAACUGCAGUAUGAUGAAUUUGGGUUCCGGAUCGAUAGUGAAGACGGGGUUGAGACACGGAAAUGGCUGUGUGGUGACGGAGCCCCUCAGAGAGAAGACCCUCAGCAGAGACUUCGCUGGCAAGCUCAUCUGGAGUUCACCCACAAUCACACUGUCGGAGACCUGACGUGGGACAAGAUCACCCCCACACUGGCCCGCUCAGACCGUCUGCGGUCACUGGUGCUGGGAGGAAUACCGCACAGCAUGAGGCCACAGUUGUGGAUGCGUUUGUCAGGGGCCCUGCAAAAAAAGAGAACAUCAGACAUCUCCUACAGGGAGAUCGUCAAAAACAGCUCCAAUGAUGACACCACAGCAGCCAAGCAGAUAGAAAAGGAUCUUUUGCGAACCAUGCCCACCAAUGCAUGCUUCAACACUUUAACCAGUGUUGGGGUGCCCAAGCUCAGGCGGGUCCUGAGAGGGCUGGCAUGGCUCUAUCCAGACAUCGGCUACUGUCAGGGCACAGGCAUGGUGGUUUCCUGCCUGUUGUUGUUUCUGGAGGAAGAGGAUGCUUUGUGGAUGAUGUGCGCUCUGAUAGAGGACCUGCUGCCCCCCUCGUACUUCUCCUCUACUCUGCUGGGAGUUCAGACUGACCAGCGGGUGCUCAGACAGCUCAUAGUGCAGUAUCUGCCUCGUCUAGACAAGCUGCUACAGGAGCAUGACAUCGAGCUGUCUUUAAUCACACUGCACUGGUUCCUCACUGCCUUUGCCAGUGUGGUGGACAUCCGAAUCCUGCUGCGAAUCUGGGACCUACUGUUCUACGAAGGCUCAAUGGUGCUCUUUCAGGUUACGCUUGGCAUGCUGAAGAUCAAGGAGGAUGAGCUGGUAUCAUCUGAGAACUCGGCCUCCAUCUUCAACACACUGUCAGAUCUUCCCAGUCAACUAGAGGACGGGGCGGCAGUGCUGGGAGAGGCUGUGCGUCUAGCCGGAUCUCUGUCUCAGGAAAACCUGGACACGCACAGACACAAGCAUCUGGCCUACAUCUUGGCAGAGCAGGCCCAGCUCAACUCCAACAACUCCCAUUCCCUCAACACCAACCUCAACAAGGUGGUGCGCAGACAAAACAUGCGCAGGAAAUCCACCCUGAGUUCACUGCUGUGGGGAGAGGACGAGGUGGAGGCGCUGAAGGCCAAAAACAUUAAACAGACGGAGCUGGUGGCAGCACUGAGAGAAGCCAUCAAUCGCACCGCAGAGCACUUUCACUGCCUGGACCCCCGUAACUGCAGCACUGAUUUGACUCCAGAUUAUUCCAUGGAGAGCCAUCAAAGGGAUCAUGAGAACUUCCUGGUCGUGUCAAGAAAUCGACGGAGAAGAGCGAAAGCAUUACUGGACUUUGAAAGGCACGAUGAUGAUGAACUGGGCUUUCGAAAGAAUGACAUCAUCACUAUCAUCUCUCAGAAAGAUGAGCAUUGCUGGGUUGGAGAGCUGAACGGCCUGAGAGGCUGGUUUCCUGCUAAAUUUGUGGAAAUUUUGGACGAACGAAGUAAGGAGUACUCUUUGGCUGGAGAUGACACUGUAACUGAGGCAGUGAAUGACCUGGUCAGAGGCUCACUGUGUCCUGCUCUAAAGGCCAUCUUUCAGCAUGGCCUGAAGAAACCCUCCAUACUGGGGGGACCCUGUCACCCAUGGUUGUUCAUCGAGGAGGCAGCCAGCAAAGAAGUGGAAAGAGAUUUCAACUCUGUUUACUCCAGAUUAGUGCUUUGCAAAACUUACAGAUUAGAUGAAGAUGGGAAGGUGCUCACACCUGAAGAGCUACUUUAUAGGGCAGUGCAGUCGGUCAACAUGAGCCACGACACUGCACAUGUUCAGAUGGACGUCAAGUUCCGCUCUCUCAUCUGUGUGGGCUUAAAUGAGCAGGUGUUGCACCUGUGGCUGGAGGUCUUGUGUUCCAGUAUGAGUGCUGUGGAGAAGUGGUACCAUCCCUGGUCUUUCCUGCGCAGUCCUGGCUGGGUUCAGAUCAAGUGUGAACUCAGAGUUCUCUCAAAAUUUGCCUUCAGUCUUUCCCAAGACUGUGAGCUGCCUACCAAAAAAGAGGAGAAGGAGCAGAGGCCUCUGAAGGAGGGAGUUCAGGACAUGCUGGUGAAACAUCACCUCUUCAGCUGGGACAUCGACGGUUAAACCGCCACACACAUCCCCACAUCACUCUCCAGCUGCAGAAAAACAGGGCUCACAUGCCAAGCUCAUCUUCAUUUCACGUACUGCUUAAUGUCAGAUGGCUGAACUGGUGAGUGUUUGAGUCUUGCCACAGUGGUUGACUUUUUGUCACUCUUUCAAGAGUCUUUCUGUACAAAGGAGAUUCUGUACACAGAAUCCAACUACAGAACGGGCCUGCAAGAACUUCCUCUCCUCUGAAGCUCAAUAAUUGUUGCACCAUUCGGGUAAAUGAAUGAAUGAAUGCUGGAUUUUCACAUUUCUGUCCAUUUACUCUCAAAUAGUUCUGACUGCCAGUGUUUCUGGAUUAGUUAGAGGGUGAGAUUUGGGUCUACAUCCUGUAGGAUUGUUUUGAGAAGCUGUUUUAAUGUCUGAAUGAUCACGCAUGUACAAUCAGAGGGUUAAACACGUCAAGUCAAACACAUUUUCAUAAUUUAGCUCUGCAAUCUCUAAUAGUCUUCACUUUGUUCAAGAUGGUCUCCGAAAUUCGGUUCUCAAAUCUGUUUUCCACCAUGUUUUAACAUAAGAUUUCACUUGCAACAAACUAUUUUGACAGGACCAAUGAAUUGAUGGAGAUAUGACUGCAUGUAGCUCAGACUGCAGCAUUAAAACACUUGAUUGGCCUCUUUUGGGCCUUGAAGAACAUCCCUGAUUCAUUGUUAUUGGUGUGCAGUGAAUCAGCUUUGUGUGAUCCAUCUUGUUUUUUUUCUUAUAAACACGUGAAGUAUAAAGAAAACUGAUAUUUAGCAUUUUUGAGAUGUCGACUUGCUAAAGGUAUUGUAAUGGCCAUGUUCAGCGCUGCAUUACUGAUUCUUAAUGAAUCGCUCUGACAUCUAGAAGUCUUCUACAAUGAAACAAGAGCCUACAGACACCAUCAGAUGGAGCAGUGAAUUAAAGGAAAAUGUCCAUUCAUAGUUCUUGUAACUGGUAAACAUGGUUAUCCAGAACCAAAAAAUAGUCUGUAAUGGUUGAGCAUGAUCGUCACAUGGGGCUUUAGGUCAUAUCCACGAUCACUGAGAAUAAUGUGUACUUAAAUAAAAAUCUAUAUCUGUAA